GUUGCCAUUCGUGAAACUUACAGCUGUUUUUUUAAAUGCUUUUGUUUAUUCUCAUUUUGGCAGCUUCUCUGUUAGAUGGUAAUAACUGAUGAAGUCUCCAUCUUUAUUUUAGUGCUGAAUACACUCCUCCGCCGUGGGCGCGCUGAAGAUAAUCCAAAACCUGUCCUCACUGUGUCUCCGUUAUGGCUGAGUCCUGGAGACUCAGUAACUCUGAACUGCAGUGUUACAGAUCCAUCUGCAGGAUGGAGGUUCUACUGGUAUAAGGCUGUUCCCAAACAAUCAAACAACUCCUACAGCUAUGAGCUGCUACCUGGCAGGAUCAAUGGGACUGAACAGGAUUUCUACAUCGUUCAUGGACAGACGCACACAGCAGGAUAUGUGUGCAGAGCUGGAGGAGGAGAACCAAUGCGUUACACUCGGUAUAGCAAACUUAGGUUUGUCUGGUCUGGAGAUUCUCAUUCAGCAUCAGUCAAAGUGAGUCCUGACAGAGUGCAGCACUUUUCCUCCGAGUCUGUCUCUCUGAGCUGUGAGGGAAACUUUGCUAAGUGGAGAGUGAUGAGAUUCACUGGUGCAGGCCAUCUGUCCAGCUGCUCUGACUGGGGGACAGUGAAUGGACCCACAUGCAACAUCCACAGACUUAAAAACAAGACAGCAGUGUUCUGGUGUGAGUCUGGAUCAGGUCAAUUCAGCAAUGCAGUCAACAUCACUGGACAAAAUAAAGAUAUCAUCCUGGUGAGCCCUGUCCAUCCUGUGACGGAGGGAGGUUCUUUUACCCUUGGCUGCAAAUUGAAAAAAGGAACAUUCGAUUCUAAUGUGCAUUUCUAUCGAGACGAUGAUCUCAUCCAAAAUAAUGACAGAGCGGAGCUGAACAUUUCUUCACUGUCAAAGUCAGACGAAGGCCUCUACAAGUGUCAAUGCUCUGGAAAAGCGUCACCACGGAGUUGGAUGUCCGUAAAAUCAGUGUCCAGGCGUGAAAGCUCUUCAUUUCUUCUGCCGUUGAUCAUUGGGUUGGUUUGUGGAAUUUCACUGAUUAGUCUCCUGCUGAUGUUGUGUUGCUACAGAAAGUCAAAGGAUUCAUGCUGUGCCAGGAUCACACAGUCUCAGAGAACCAAUCAGGACUCUGCUCCAGAUCGAGUGGUUAAUCAGAACGAAACUCAACCUCAAGUGCAGUCCUCUUAUCUCCACGAUGCAGAUGAAUCCAGCGAUGUGACAUACUCUUUGAUUCAGUUUAAAAAUAUUAGAAAGAAGGGACAGCGUAAUGAACCAGAGGAGAGCUGUGUUUAUUCAGAUGUGAAGCAGCUGCAGAAAAAUCACAUCCUGCAGUAACAAGAGAAGCUGGAACAGCCCUAGGUCCAUAAAGAGAUGUGUAUUACUUUUUCAUAUAUAAGGAACUUUCCUUUGUCUUUUAAACAUGGAUUGGUACUCUAUCUACUUUUUUUUUUACCUUACUUUUGCACUUUUUCUUCGACCUUUUUAUACAACUUUUUUUGCAAGAGGCUGCAAGUCAUGAUUUUAAUUUAUUUUAUGUAAUGUUCAUGCAAUAUCUCCACACAGUUUUGUGCCUCAGCUGCACAGUUGGAAAAAGAUCAACCAAUAAUGACAUAAAACCUGAAAUGUUGUGGAAAACCUAAAAUUAAUUAUUAAAUCUUUGGAAGAAUGUUUGCUUUGAUCAGUUUCCAAAUGUUGAAUACUGUGUCCCAAUUUCAUACUAUGUACUAAUGGUAACAGUAUGUCCUAUAUACUAAUCUUUAUAGUAUCCUGUUUUUGCAUUUACUGUAGUAGACAGGAUAUCAACCCACUUAACUGAUAACAGGAAAUACAAUAAUUAAGCCAUCAGAUGUUAAUCAACUUCAACUUUUAAUUGCUGAUGCCAAUUACAGUUAAAGCUGCAGUAGGUAGGAUUGGAGCCAAUAUAAUAAUAAAAAAAAAAAAAAGUUAUUUUUAUAAAACGGUCAC